GAGGGAGAGUUGGGAGUUGGAAAGGGACUGGAGAGGGCAGGCUUUCACACUGGAGCAACAUCUGCACGGCUGCAGCCUUCUCUUUGCACUCUGCACAGCCUGCCUGUCGUCGCUAUGGAACUCCAAUGAGGAGAUGAGGAGAGAGAGCAGGGGAGCUGCUACAGGAAAGGGUCGUGCCUCAGCCAACCUCGGCAUCAGGUGCAAAACUGGAGCUUGGUUCUUGCGGAUCAUGGGUUACAAAACAAGGUCCAUGCAUUAUGUCUUGUGGUGUCUUUACUUCUUGCUCCUUCACUUGUUUUGUUCAGCACAGGAUGAGGACAUGAGAUUGAGUUGUAGAACUUCCCAGAGCGAUCUGGUUUUUAUAGUAGACGGAUCAUGGAGCGUGGAUGAUGUAAACUUUGAGAUUGUUAAGAAAUGGCUGAUGAACAUCACUUCCAGCUUCAACAUUGGCCAGAAGUUCACCCAGGUCGGAGUGGUCCAGUACAGCGAUGACCCACUCUUGGAGAUACCUCUAGGCAAGCAUUACUCCAGCAAAGCCCUCCUGAAAGCAAUGGACGACAUCAAUUACUUGGGCGGAAACACCAGAACGGGAAAGGCUAUUAAAUUUGCCACUGACAAAUUGUUCGCCCUCUCUGAACGUGGUCCACAUGGCAUUGCAAAAAUCGCUGUGGUUCUGACGGACGGGAAAUCACAAGACGAGGUAUUGGCUGCCGCCGAGGCCGCAAGGAAAAAGGGGAUAAUUAUCUUUGCGAUCGGUGUGGGGUCAGCAAUAGAGGAAGCAGAGCUAAGGGCCAUCGCCAACAAGCCGUCGCGCACUUAUGUUUUUUCUGUCGAAGACUACAAAGCCAUCUCCAAGAUCCGUGAAACCAUAAGGCAGAAGCUGUGUGAAGAGACUGUCUGCCCAAAUAAAAUCCAAGUAGACUCCCGGGACGAGAAGGGAUUUGACAUUCUGCUGCACCUGUCCGUGGCCAAAAAGCUGAAAAAGACACAAGGAUCUUACUACGGCAAAAAAGCCUAUGAAGUAACACCCAGAGUCGACUUAAGCGACAGCACCAAGUCGUUGUUCCCUGAUGGGCUUCCGCCGUCCUAUGUGUUUGUGGCCACGGUGAGGUACAAGGGCUCGGUGAUAUUGGAGGAAUGGGACUUAUGGAGGAUCCAGACGCAGGAUGAGAGACCUCAGAUGGCUGUCAGUCUCAACGGCUAUGAUCGCACGGUCAUGUUCACCACCACCAGCAACUCAUCUAGUGGCGUUCAAAUGGUGACCUUCAAAAAGGGUCCAGCAAAGAAACUAUUUGAUGAGAGAUGGCAUCAACUACGUCUUCUAGUCACUGAAGAGGAUGUCACACUCUAUGUUGACGACCUGGAAAUUGAAACACUUGCUUUGGAGCCACCAAUUGGCAUUUUCAUAAAUGGAAAGACUCAAAUUGGAAAGUAUGUCAGUAAAGAGACUACUGUACCUUUUGAAGUUCAGAAACUCAGAAUCUACUGCGACCCUGAACAGAAUAAUCGCGAGACUGCCUGUGAGAUACCUGGAAUUGAUGGAGAGUGUGCCAAUGGACCUGGUGACGUUGACCUCGACCCAACCCCGGAGCCAUGCGCCUGCCCUCCUGGUCCCCCGGGUGUCCCUGGCAUAAAGGGGGAAGGGGGAAGACAUGGCGACCCUGGCAGACCUGGUCUUCCUGGUGCUGAUGGUAAGCCUGGUGUCCCUGGCUCUAGAGGAAGUCCUGGUGUACAAGGCCCUCCAGGCUUACAGGGGCCUCGUGGAGUUGAUGGGUACAAGGGUGAUAAAGGAGAAUCUGGGGAUACGGGAGAGAGGGGAGUUCCAGGAUUGCCUGGACCACCUGGCCAACCAGGUGAAAAGGGUUCUGUUGGUGCUCCAGGUCUGCAUGGACUACCUGGAAAAGAUGGCCUGUUGGGUGCAAAGGGAAGCAAAGGAGAAGUUGGGCCUGCAGGAGUUUCUGGAGACCCAGGACAGCCAGGCAGAAAUGGUAAAGAUGGAUUCCAUGGGAGACCUGGACUAAAGGGAGAGGCAGGUGCACCUGGUAUUCCUGGUAGCGAUGGAAGAGAAGGACAUUCAGGCAGGCCUGGUUUACCUGGUCGUGAAGGACUCAGGGGGGAGAAGGGUGAAGCUGGACUACCAGGACCAAAAGGAAACAAAGGGUCACAUGGAAGUGCUGGAGAAUUGGGGUUACCUGGGAUACCUGGCGAAGUCGGACAACCUGGACCUAAGGGAAGCAAAGGGGAGUCUGGAGAGACAGGUCUACCAGGAUUUCCAGGGCAGGAGGGUAAACCAGGAAACCCUGGAAUCACAGGCCAGCCAGGACACCCUGGGAUGCCAGGACUGACAGGACAAAAGGGACAACGAGGUGAUUUUGGGGAACGAGGCCAAGAGGGUUUGAGAGGUGAAAAGGGAGAUGAAGGUGUUCCUGGAAUCCAAGGUGGUGCCGGCCCAUCAGGACAAAAAGGAGAGAAAGGGACAAGAGGAGAACCUGGCGAGAGAGGACAAACGGGCCACCAGGGAAUGCCAGGGCAGCCAGGCCUGAUGGGUUCAUCUGGGCCGAGGGGACAGAACGGAGACUCUGGCUUACCAGGACCUCCUGGACCAGAGGGACGACCUGGAAGACAUAUGUCUGAAGAAUAUAUUCAACAAAUAUGUAGAGAAGUCCUCCGAAAUGAGAUUCCAUCCUUGAUGCGGAGCAGCCAACAGAGGAGCUGUGACCACUGCUACACCCGGACGGGGAGCCCUGGUGUCCCCGGCCCUGUCGGACCCCAGGGCGUGCGAGGCUUCCCUGGGAUGCCCGGAUCUAACGGCAUGCAGGGCCACCGUGGCCUUCCCGGCCGGCCUGGCAUCCCUGGCCUAAAAGGAGAGCUCGGAGAAAAAGGCGAAAGAGGGAAUCCUGGUAGAUCAGAGGUUGGACAGCCAGGCAUACCGGGACUUCCAGGUCCAAUGGGACCCCCAGGGGUCAGCAAAGCAGGCCAACCAGGUAAGCCAGGGCCCCCUGGCCUGAACGGGGAGGAGGGUAAGAGGGGCUACCCUGGAGCUCCCGGACAGCCGGGGGUCUGCCACCCUUCCAUGUGCUACGGUGCUAUCAUGCGGAGAGAUUCUUUCAGCAAAGGACCGAAUUAUUGAGUCACACUCACAGUUGCUGAUGUUGCCAAACAGACCAUACUUGGGCCGAGGUGCUUUUUGUACGCUACAGAUGAAAAAUCGAAAAAGGAAAAAAAAACACUAAUACAGCAAAUCUUUCCAAUCUCAGGAAGAUCUCAUUUAUUGUCACGGUUUCUUCUCCAUGGGAACCAGAGAGUACCUCUAACUGUAUAAAUAAAAACAGUUCCAUGUGUGAGUGUAUUUCUAUCAUAUUUAAAGCAACACCGACAACCGUAUAGCACUCACCUCUUUUUAAAUCAUUGCUUUUUUCCAUUUGCUUUGCUGAGUGAUGGUGAGCUAUGUUGUUUCAUGAUUUCAUGGUGUUGUUUCGUGAUCAUGAUCUAGUGGUGAAAUGGAAUGCACUUGCUAGUGAGGAGAUAUCUCAACUCAGUCGGCGAGGCAUUUUCUCCUGCUCUCUAGCUCCCCCUGUUGGACCGUGCUCUCACAUCUGUCUUGGCUUGCAACAUUGAGUUCCCAUUGCAUUUUGCCACCAAUAAAUUCCAGAAUCACAUCAUUCGAAGCCUUUGCCAAAAGUUACUAUUAUGAAAUUGCUUUCGCAAUUGUGCUCUCUACUGCGAAGCAUCUCAGCAAAUGGAUUUUGCUUUUUAAAUUUACUCAUGUCCUUGUUUUCCCAUUUGGAUAACACCACCUUUACACUGUGUAAUGUCACAUACAGUGAAAACAAACAUUACACAUGGUUUGCCAUUUAAAUCAAGCUUGCCAUAUAGCUUUGCAUUAAAGCUGCCAUUUUGCCAAGACCUGUCUUAUUAAAAUAUAACGAUAAUAACUAAAUACUAAAUUGUGAAAUGAGCCAAAUUUUCAUCAUGUUGCCAUACUUAAUGCCUAAAUGCGAUGUCAAAUAUUUAUUAUCUAUGUAUGAGUAAUACUUCUUUUCAUAAAUAGGCUUCUCUUUUUCAAGAGACCAUGAUUGUGAACUACAAUGGUCGGCAUACUGUCUUUGUAUCUGUAAACCAUCACCUUGCAAGUGCAUGCAAUCAAUGUGCAUCUAUCUGAAACAUUGUCUUUGCUUUACAGGACAUUCCCAUUACUGUUUGAUGUUAUUUAUAAAACACCUGAAUUCAAUUACUGCUUUUUACCAUUUUCAUUUUCUAAUUUUAUUCAGGCUUUUAAUGUGUUUGAAUGAGUUUUGU